AUGACCUCAGUGACCUCAUCCCCGUCCAAACAACCCGCGCAAUCCUCUCCAUACCUCCUCGACAUCCCCGACGAUGACUCCCAACGCGGUCGCAAACGUCGCCGCUCCUCGGCCGCUGAUCCACCCAUGCACCUGACAUCCAACAGGAGCACGACUCUCCGUGGUCGCGCUCGCCACCGCCCACUUUCUGCCUCGUCUGAACUCAGCAAUUCGUCGCCGAGGUCUAGACAAGAUGAUCAGGGGCCGAAAGAGGGGGAGGAGAUGGCCAGGAAGAGCCCGGGAAAGAAGUAUCAGAAGAAGGGUCUUGCGGUCGGCGCGGGGAAUAGGAUCGUGCAAGAUCAGCCGUGGAGCUUUGGGAGGGCGAUGGGCAGGAGUGAUAAGGGCAGGAGGAGCCAGAGUUUAAGCCGAAGUCGCGAGAGAGAAGGGGAGGGUGUGAAGGGGAGUCCGAAGUUACGGAGAAGGCAGAGGACUCGGACGCGGAGUCGCAGUCACGGGCAUAGGAGCGGAGGAGCAUCUGGUGGUAGAGGGGUGGAGGAGAGUCGGGGCGAGGAGAGGAAGACUGCUUUUUCAUUUCAGAAGUAG